UUUCACUAAUCAAACCCUAAAACUUUUUGUUUCAAAUUCGAAAAAAGCAGAGAAAACAUGGAAAGAAACGUAAAGUAUCGCAUGACAAGCUCAAUUACUGCAGCGAAUCCAGUUUCUGAAAACAAGAAACGACACAAUAAGUCCAGGAGUAAAAUCGUUGUACAAUUUAGCCUCGAAAAAACCCGUCAUCUCUGUGAUAUUGUACCGUCGGAUUCAACAAUGUUGUAUUUAAGAGAAACCCAGGCAUGGCUUACUGAUAAAUAUGAGGUCAGUAUUACCUGUAACGGCUCGUUACUGGUCGAGGAAGAACCCGCCAAACAACAAGCAUUGGAUUUCUUGAGGGGUAUGGAAAUUCAUGAUGAAGAAUAUCUACAAAGGAUGCUGACGGCUGUAUGGGCUGAGAUUAAAAAGGUGGCAGUCCGUACAACAAGUAAGACCUACGGUAAUCUUUUUGUUGAUAUAGAUGUAGUGGAGUUGGAACUUUGCGAUGAAGAUGCUUUUAUGAGGGCUGUGAUGGAGUCUAUUCAAGUUGAUACUGAUCGUCCAGUUCCGGCGAGCGAAUCGUCGAUUGCUGGUUUGGAAAGAUUUGUGUUUGAUGAUGAGAAUUUGGAAGAGAAGAAGUGUGUGAUUUGCUUGGAGGAGAUGGAGAUGGGGAUGGAAGCGAUUCGGAUGCCGUGCUCGCAUUUUUAUCAUCAAGAUUGCAUUCUUCAGUGGCUGCAUAAGAGUCACUUGUGUCCUCUUUGUCGCCAUAAAAUUCCUGCAGAAGAACAAGAUGAAAAGUAAUAUUUUGAUUUUAUG